AGCGCAAACAUUGAAGCGAUUGAUUGAAAGCAUGUUUUAAAAGUGUUAUUCAAAGUAAAAACAAAACACAAUUUGAUUUGUUUUUGACUUUUACACAAUCGGUGUCCGCAAUGACCACUCAAUUCAAUUUCGGUUCGGCGCCCACUUUGGCCACAACAUCGACGCCAUCGACCUUCACGUUUGGUCCGUUGACCACAACAUCUCAGUCAACACUUCCGUCUUUUAACACUUCAUUAACAACAACUCCUUUCUCAUUGAAUACAAAUGCAUUAAACUCUUUGUUGACCUCAAGUUUGGCCAACACUGGAGUGAAUCCAUUGGGAACUACACCGACAUUAACUUUAACGCUGACCAGUGCUCCGACAGCGACCACACAAACAUCAACACAACAGAUGACAACAUUUCACGGUAUGGGCGGAACCCCAAGCAUCGCAUCGGAGACGGCCACUGACCAGUCGGCCGAUGCCAACAAAUACAACAAAGACGUGUCAUAUAUUCCUCCAGAAAUGAUGCCAUUAGUGGAAGCGUUAAAGAACUUCGUUAAGGAACAGAAGUUGAUUCGCGAAGAGAACUCUCAGCAAAGGUUUUCUAUUCAACCAAUUCUUGAAGUCGGCUCUCAGAUUGAAGACAACUUGCGAUUACUUCUUAAUAAAAUAGAAGUUGAUAUUCAGCGCAACUCAAAGACUAUGGACUCACUCAAGAAAGACACUAAUAAGUUGUUGUCGUCGGCAGAGAUGGCGUAUCGGAUCUCAAGAGUGGAUGUUUUACAGACGCCGUCCAGUUAUACAAUCGCUCAAAACAAGUAUAUUAACGCAUCCACUAAUCAAUACUUCUUGGAAACAAUUAACAACUUUGAACAACAAAUGAAUACUUAUUCAAAACAAAUACAAGAGUUGAGGACACAUAUCGACAAUAUGAACAAACCUUACACUUCUGAAGAGUUGUUCCAAAUUAUGCGUAAACAACACGAGACACUCAUUUCUUUGGCCGCCAAAGUAUACGCCAUUCACGAAGAAAUUAAUGAAUUAAAGAGUAAACUUCAUUCAAACUAUUCGUCAAAAUUUACUGAUAAUACAAGAGAACCGCAAAUUAAUACUUUGUCUGAUACUAACAAAUCAUUUGUUGGUCCAAAUCCUUUUGCAUUCACUGGCGAUGAAAGUUUAGUCAUUGGAUCAGAUAAUACCCCAAAAGAGUUGAGUAAUUUACAGACUACUGGACUAACAAAUCCAUUGCUAUUCUCAAGUUUGACACCAAAUCAGUCCGUUUCCAAUACUUCCUCUACGUUUCAAUUCAAUCCAUUGGUAUCAACACCAGGGACUACAAGAACUAAACGUUGGACCACUUCAUGAAUGAAUUUAUUUCUUAAUUAUAUUAUUUUAUUCUUUAUUAUUACUUUAACUGAUAAUA